UUGCCUGUGAACAGGAUCCACCCUCCACACCUGCCACCAUGAGUGACUGCUGCUGCUCCCCUUGCUGCCAGCCCACUGGCUACAGGACCACCUGCUGCAGGACCACCUGCUGGAAACCAGCCUGUGUGACCUGCUCCUGCACACCCUGCUGCCAGCCCAGCUGCUGUGGCUCCAGCUGUGGCUCCAGCUGCUGCCAGCCCUGCUGCCAAACCACCUGCUGUAGGACCACCUUCAAGCCCACCUGUGUGACCAGCUGCUGCCGCACACCCUGCUGCCAGCCCUGCUGCUGUGUGUCCAGCUGCUGCCAGCCUUGCUGCCAGACCACCUUCAAGCCCACCUGUGUGACCAGCUGCUGCCGCACACCCUGCUGCCAGCCCUGCUGCUGUGUGUCCAGCUGCUGCCAGCCUUGCUGCCAGCCCAGCUGCUGUGGGUCUAGUGGCUGUGAGUCCAGCUGCUGCCAGCCCAGCUGCUGUGAGUCUAGUGGCUGUGGGUCCAACUCCUGCUGUGGGUCCAGUGGCUGUGGGUCCAGCUGCUGCCAGCCAGUUUGCUCUGGACCCGUGUACUGCACAAGGAGAUGCUACCACCCCACCUGUGUCUGCCUGCCUGGUUGCCUAGGCCAGGGCUAUGAAUCCAGCUGCUGCCAGCCUUGCUGCUAAUGCUCAAGUCCCCAAAGGACCAACAUCUGCACAAACUUCUGUCAACUGAAUUACCUCCUUAGGCAAAAAUGUACUUCACAAGCCCAGCAUGUUGUCACCAAAAUGCCUGUUACUUUCCUGCUUGUGUAAGCCCUGUGAAUCAGCUUGAGGAUAUACAGACUACUUCGUCCUGAUUUGUGUCUGGGGCAUCAAGCAGCAUCUUCCUGUAUCUCAAUUUCAGAGUUAUGUUCUUGCCUUUGAUUCUUAAAUCAAGAUCUUCCCUCUCUUCUCUCUAUGUAACAAAGCCUCACAGCUCUCCACAUAGGUUUCUCUGGCUGAUCAGGGAUCUACGUGAUCAUGUUUUCUUUCUCAAUGUACUCAUGUUUCUUGGGUCCAGAUUUUUGUUUUCACAAUCUUCCUAGUAGCCAGAAUUCUUACUUAAAUGGCUUUUAAUAAAUUCUGAACCAUUCUCA